AUGGGAAUUUCGCACGCGGCCAUUGUUCCCGCAACCGCCAAGAUCGUGAUCACCUCUGGCGAGCCUGGUUUGGAUUUGAAGACAGGAGAGUUGGUCACCUCUUCCCCCGAGGCACAAGUCAACGCGGCCUAUGAUACUAUCGACCUUGUUCUCAAGAAUGCUGGCGUUGAGAAGGGUAUUAGGGGAGCUCAUAAAUUCACUGCUCUGCUUAUCGAUACAAAGUAUGAAGAUGUGCUGAUGAGCACCUGGAGGGAACGGUAUCCUGGACACAAACCCGUCUUCAUGGCCUUUGGUGUUCGGCAACUGGGAAUGGAGGGAAUGAUUGUGGAGCUUCGCGCUGAGGCCAUUAUCGAGUGA